UUAGUGCAAGAAUGGCGCGCUGAGCUUGUAUAGUGAUCAAUAUAGGAAAGUGACAAGUGUACCACGAAAUUGCAUACGGAAACGGAUGCCCUUGAAUUGUCGUUGGCCAUACCAGAACAUUGCUACGAUAUCAGGCUUAUUAUCGAAACGAUUUAAUGGCGUCCGUUAAUAAACUGCUGAGAAACGAGCGGUUUUCACUCACCAGAUAUCCCGUAUUGCACCUGUACUCGGAGAAGACAGCAGAUGCUUGAAUUUCUCAAGAAAUUCAAAACAUUCGCUGUUCCAAAUCACUCUUCGUCGAAACCAUCAGAAACCAUUGUGACCUCACGUGAUGACAAUUGUGUGCUGCUGCCUUACGACCCGCCCGGCAACUAAAACAAACUGAAACGGAGCAUCAUCAGCUGACUUGUGAUCUGCUACAACGAUCGUGUAUUGUUACCACUACACUCGAUACUUUCGUAUUCAGCUUCCGAUCAAAUGUUAAAUUAGAUUUUCGUUUAUUCGUUGCUUGUUUCGUUUGGAUCUAUAAAAAUUAAUGGUAAAUCACGGCGUAUACGUUUUUCUUAAGUAUUCAGUAUGAAUUAUGUUUAUUAUGGAAAUAAUUUAAUUACGAGAGAGAAGUUGGUAAUACUGAUUUUCAUUUCCUUGGACUGACUCGAUACUAUUAAAUACUAUACAAGGGUUCUCAAUCCUUUUUUAUCGGCAUUCCAAAAUUGGAUUUAUUUUACAUGAAUAUAGAAUAAUCCGUGGAUUAAUAUGAAAAAACUGACGGAAUAAUUAUAAUUGGUUAAUGUUGUGAUAUGUAAUAAUAAGAGUAUCGUUUUUUCUUGAAGAAAGCGAUUUAUGGCGUUUGAACAAAUAUAUUACUUGUUAGAGGUCACUAAUGACCAGGUUGAGAACGCCUGUUACAAUCCAUAAUAGUGUUUGACGUAGAUUUUGUUAGACUCUGAUACGUUUCAAUUGUUGAUUUUACUUAUCGUUCGUUAUGGGUUGUGAUGGUGGAACUAUUCCUCGUAGAAAUGAGUUGGUCAGAGUUAAAAAGAAACCAGAACAGAAAGAUAAAGAGGCAGAAUUGGCAUUUAAAUGGAGACAUUGUACAAUAAAACAAUUGCCUUUGCAACCACCAGUGGUUGGAUGUGCUUUAGGUCGUUUGUAUAGCAAGGAAUCUGUUUUGGAAGGUCUCCUUGAUAGAAGCAUACUACCAGAAUCAACACAGCAUAUUAAAACCUUAAAGGAUGUGAAAAAUUUGAAUUUAACUGCGAAUUCAGCAUUUGAAGCUAAUAAAGCUGAAAAAGGAGAUUGUUAUACAGAUGGAGGCAAAAGCCCAUACAUUUGUCCAGUUAUUGGAUUAGAAAUGAAUGGAAAAUAUAAAUUUUGCUUUCUAUGGUCUUGUGGUUGUGUGAUGAGCGAACGCGCACUUAAAGUAAUCAAGAGCAAUAUAUGUCACCAAUGUCAGCAACCAUACAAUGAGACAGAUAUUGUUAUUAUAAAUGCGGAAGGAGAUGACCUUAAAAAAAUGGAGGAAAAUAUGACAAAUAGGAAGGCUGUUCAAAAGAAAUCAAAAAAACACAAAUGUGAAAGUAUUGAAACUGAAGUUGCAAAGCAAGAUGAAGCACCAAAGAAGAAAAUUAAGAAAGAAGAUAAAGUUGGUAGCAUUAAAAUCAAUAGUAAUAGAAGCGAAGCAGAAGACCCAGCAUAUAAAAAAGUUAAAGACAAUUAUAGUGUCGCUAAGGAUCCCAAAGCAUCAGAAGUUUUUAAAAGUAUUUUCACCAGUCAUAAGUCUGCAGCAGAACAAGAUAGGGCUCAUUGGGUUACAUACAAUCCAUUCUAUAAUUAAAGUAUUAAUUUCAAUGUAAAAAUCUUGAGAUAUGUACAAUAUAGCUGAACACACAAAUAACAUUAUAUACAGAUAAAAUUAAAAUAUAUUACAGAAAGUGAAAUGUUUCUACAUGGCU